AUGGUCAACCACACCUCCCCAGUGGGUUUCAUUCUCCUGGGCUUCUCUGAACACCCACGCCUCGAAAAGAUUCUCUUUGUGGUGAUCUUGUGUUCCUACCUCCUCACACUCCUAGGAAACACACUCAUCCUCCUGCUGUCCACACUGGAUCCCAGGCUCCACUCUCCAAUGUACUUCUUCCUCUCCAACCUCUCCUUCCUGGACCUCUGCUUCACCACAACCUGUGUGCCCCAGAUGCUGGUCAACCUCUGGGGCCCCACAAAGACCAUCAGCUUCCUGGGAUGUUUUGUUCAGCUCUUCAUCUUCAUGUUUUUGGGGACAACCGAGUGCAUCCUCCUGACGGUGAUGGCCUUUGACCGCUAUGUGGCUGUCUGCCAGCCCCUGCACUAUGCCACCAUCAUCCACCCCCGCCUGUGUCAGCAGUUGGCAGCUGUGGCCUGGGCUAUAGGUUUGAUCCAAUCCAUAGUUCAGACACCUCCCACCCUCAAACUGCCCUUCUGUCCCCACAGACAGAUAGAUGAUUUUUUAUGUGAAGUCCCAUCCCUAAUUCGACUCUCUUGUGGGAAUACUACCUAUAAUGAGAUCCAGAUGGCUGUUGCUAGUAUCUUCAUUGUGGUUGUGCCUCUGAGCCUCAUCCUUGUCUCUUACGGUGCUAUCACCAGGGCAGUGCUGAAGAUAAACUCUGCAAAAGGGCGCAGGAAAGCUUUUGGGACCUGUUCCUCCCACCUCAUUGUGGUCGCCCUCUUCUACAGCUCAGUCAUUGCUGUCUACCUGCAGCCCAAAAAUCCCUAUGCCCGAGAGAGGGGCAAGUUCUUUGGUCUCUUCUAUGCAGUGGGCACUCCUACACUCAACCCUAUUGUAUACACCCUGAGGAACAAGGAGGUCAAGAGAGCAUUCUGGAGGCUGCUGGGGAAGGAUGGGGAAUCUGGGGAGAGCUGA